GAUGCUGCAAAUGCUUUGAAGCGUUUUUUAAUUGGUUAGUUCGUAAAAUUCUUUCUUCUAAUUGGCCCACCAAAUCAUUUGUAGCAAGACUUUGACCACAGACUAUGAAUACGGGCAUAUGUAUCUUCUGAACACAGCCGGUGUAGUUUUUGAACGCUGUUCAACGCUGUCAUUGACGUUUCCUUGAAAUAUAACCUUGAAAUUAUGUGAUAUUUUGACAAUUCGGAAAGUAACGAUAACAGCGAUAUAAAAAAAGCGUUACAUAUAAUGUAUGGAGCACAAGUAUACACACAUACGCGUAUAUAUCUUCUCUAGAAUCUGACAGCAACGAUAAUUAAUAAUACAUGUCAUAAAUACAUGCAUAGAUUAUGCAUAUAUUUCAUCUCGUAAAAAUCUUAUAGCAAACAAGCUUAAUGAUAAGAUACCGUUCAUGAUGGAUCCUGAGACAAUGGGCGAGAAUUUAUUCAAGCUGCAAUGUUUAAUUAAAACUACCGAGAUACAGCAUAGUGUGCAGUGCAAACUUGAAAGAAAAUUAUUUUUUGCAUUAGCAACCAACAAUGCUGAAAUUAUUCUUUAUUAUAAAAGGGAAUCUUCUUGCCUACCUGUUGUUAAAAAAAUACCUUGGUUUCAAGGGUUACAUAAACAAAUAGCUGCUUUUUGCUUUGAUUCAAGUGGUACCUGGUUAUUAUGUGUAACUUUAGAUGGUUCGUUAUAUGUAUUACCUGCUUUAACUUUAGUUGGUGAAAAUUGCGUUAUUAACAAAAAGUGGAAGACUGAUGAUGCAACGUAUAUAUCUUUUAUAAAUUCACAAAUUUCUCAUUUCAGACCAAUAGCUAUUACAUGGUGGAAGAAUACGAAAAUAUCUGAAGAUGUAGGCAUUAUAGGAACGGAAUGUGGAGCAAUUAUAUUUAUAAAUCUUUCAAAUGGACAACAACUAGGCAUAACAUACAUUAAUGAAAGUAUAAGCAGUCUACAUAUUUGUGAAAAUGAAUACAAUGAGAUUGUAUCUCUUUUGAUAACAAGUAAAUUUCAACAGCAAUGGCGUUUAUCUUUAGAACACAUGUCUUUUAAUCUUCUAUAUAAUGUUGAAAACGAAAAACCUUAUAACGAACUAAAUUUAAGUGGUGCUAGUCAUUAUAAUAAUGUGGAAGAUUCCGUUCCUAAUAAAUCUAAAUUAAAAGAGCUUAAACAGCUCUCUGUUGAAAAAUUGGCUACUCUUAAACAGAAGAUAAUUGAUACCAAAAAUCAAACAUUAAAGGAGAGUCAAUAUCAUGAUGCUGCAAAUAACAAAGAAAAUGAUAAUGGAAUUCCUGUUAAUUCGGAAAUAUCACAAUACAAAUUAGGUUUUGUCAGUCCAGAACCAAUAUCAAAAGAUACUUUUCUAUCUUUGCAAUAUGACAGAGAAAAUCGACAAUUGUAUACAUGCUAUCAUCCUGUCACUAAUUAUAUCACAGUACACGGUCCAAACUUAACUGUGGUACCUUUGUCAAUGCACAAAGUGUUUAAGUCAUGCGAAACUGUUUUAUUAGCACAUAGAUUAUUUUUUAUUACCGAUAUUAAUCAACAUGUAAUAUAUAUAAUAUCUGAUCAAUUGUCCGAGACUCAUGUAAACAAAGACUAUCAGUUUAAUCCCGAGUCUAUUAUCGGAACAUUUUCUUUUAAAAAUAGUAAGGAAGUAAUACGCGCGGUAUACAAAGUAACACAAUUUAAUAAUAUAAUACCGAGAAAAGUUUGUGAGGAAAUCGAAAAUAAAUGUACCUUACCAAAGAAUGUGAAAGAUAUUAAGGUCGAACCGUUUAGCUUGGAUACAUGUAUAAUUGUGACAAACCGCUGUGUAUACGAAGUUGUAUUAAGAAAAUCUCUUCUUUCGAUCUUUAUGGAAUUAGUAUUGAAGAGAAACGAAUUGCAAGAAGCGGGAAAAUUAGCAAUGAUUUUUGGAUGGAAUGGACAACACCUGCUGGAAUACGUUGGCGAUUUAUUCCUAUCAAAUAAAGAAUUCUCACGCGCAGUAGCUUCAUAUAAAAUGUCUAAGUGUAAAUUAUUGAAGAGCGUAUUAAAGUUUGCAUCAGUAGGCCAUACAUCAGAAUUACUGAGUUGUCUAACUCAUUGUUUACUUACACCUCUUAUUACUGAAAUGCCUAUUGCAACAAGGAUACAUUUAUCUAAUUUGUGUGUACUUUCUUUUAUUGAAAUGACACUGAGGAUUUGGUCGGAACAAUCUAAAGCAAUUUAUAAGGAAUUCUUAUACUUUUUGUCCACAAAUACAUUUUACGACGAAUUAUUAGCUAUUAAUAUAGCUGGUCAAACUUAUCUUUGGGAAGUAUUACACCACUUAGCUAUACAAAGGAGUUUAUACAGUCAAAUGUUGGACAUUCUCAUAAAGACGAUACAAAUAUUUGGCACAAACGAAAUUCACUCAAAGUCAUAUGGUUUACUUAUAUGUUUGAGUGAAUCUGAUUUAAUGCAAUCAAUGUUAUUGAAUUACGAUUUAGCUAGAUCUCACAUAUUAUUUGUACGUCAUAAUCUGCGAGAUUCUCACAUCUUUGUACUUCAGAGAUUAGUAACGUUGUACGAUCCAACCAAUCCAGUAUUACGGCCUAGAUUAAUACAAUGUAAAGCACAUCAUAAAAUGAUAUCAUACGAUUUACGAUCUAAUCAAUGUGAUUCUAUAGAUUCUACGGAUAAUAUUGAUCAGUCUGAUACUCUCGUAGAAGAGAUAAUAGAAACGUUUAUACUAGUAUUGUUGACUCUUAUUCAUAAGAAACGAUUAUUAAAUCCUAAUUCCAAAUUCACUUUUUUGUAUGACGUACAAUUGCCGGAAUUCAGCAAGGAAUACUCGGAAAUGACUAUGCAUGUUGAUUUUAAGAGAAGAUCAUUAAGUACUGGAUUUUCUCAUGUUGCACUUGUUAGAAAUGGUAAUAUCUACACUUGGGGAAGUUCAGUGCAAGGUUGUUUAGGUACUGGCUCUAGCGUUUUGCGAUAUGGGACACCUCAUGCCAUAUGCUUCUUCAAAAGUAUGAAGAUUGAAGUUUUUAGUGUAUCUUGUGGGCAUUGCCAUACUCUGGCAGUUACUAACAAUGGAAUCUAUGCUUGGGGAGCUAGUCAAUUUGGUCAGUUAGGGCUUGGCAAGGUGUUGCAAUGUUCAAGUCCGGAAUUAGUUACUUCGUUGGCGCAAGAAAUUAUUGUUGAUGCAGUAGCUGGACAGUAUCAUUCUGUAGCACUAACUGCAGAUGGUAGAAUAUUCACAUGGGGUUGGGGUGUUCACGGUCAACUGGGCCAUGGCAAUACCGAUGAAAAAGCUAUACCAUCUUUGGUCAAAGCUCUACUUGGCAUAGUCGUGUGUUGUAUUAGCGCUGGAUAUGCGCACACUUUAGCACUAUCAAUAGAUGGUGUUUUAUAUGCUUUCGGAUGUAAUAUUCUUGGUCAAUUAGGAACAGGUGAUAAUAUCAAAAGUUCUGUCCCGAUAAAAGUAUCGUUACCCGAUAGGAUAACGCUUAUAAGUACUGGAUACUUUCAUAAUUUAGCUGUCAGUAAUACGAACAAAUUAUAUAUAUGGGGUGCGAGUCCUCAAGUUCUCAGAUUGCAAGCACAAGCGCAAAAGAAGAUUCGUAUAUCGGAGCAACAAGAUGCUAAUGAGAAAAGGAAUAAGGCUCUGGGAGAAUUGGAGAAAAUACCAAGUGAUGCUACAAAUCUAAACGGAAAAAUAAAAGAAUUUUUGAAUAAAAAAGAUGGUGUACAAACUAAGUCUUCUCACACGGAAACUUCUGAUAUAGAAACGCAAAAGAAAUUCGAGACUAAAAACGCACAUUUGAAAGACUUCAACUUUGAUUUGAUCGAGGAGAGUCAAACACAUUUAAAACCAUGUAUUGUUGACACAAGUUUAGUGAAAGGUCAAAUUAAUCAGAUAUCAGUUGGCUGUCACCAUAAUGCAUUAAUAACGAAAGAUGGCUCUUUAUAUACAUGGGGCCGUAAUCUGGAUGGUCAAAUAGGUAACGGCACGCGACGAGAAGUAUUAAUUCCGACGCCUUUGUAUUAUAAUUCAGCCUGUAUUUUUGCACAAAUACCUCCUAGACACAAUGAUUUUAAAAGAAUACAAAAUCAACGGGACUUGGACACUGACGCCAAAUCGAAUUAUUCACUGGCAAAUAAUGGAAAUGUGCCUGAGAACAAUGGGAAUAUCAGUGAUUCGUCAAUAUACGUAGAAAAUGCUGACAUAAAUACAGAGAGAACCAAUCCUGUAAUUAAUGCUGUUAGCGUUGCUUGUGGAUAUGAUUAUACAGUCACGAUACAACCAGGAGGUACGGUAUUAGCUUGGGGCAAUAACAGUAGAGCGCAAUUGGGUCAUGCACGAGAUUCCGAUGAUAAACUCGUAUUACUGAAAUCAUCGAAGCGAAUAGUACGACUCCCUAAUGCGUUGCACGUAGCUUUGGACGUUCCUAGUCAAGUACCUGGUAUUUCUACGCCAGUGAUAUCUUAUCGAUCUAAUGAUGUGUUUUCUCUCGCUGGACUUGUCUGUCCUUUAAGCGUUAUCGAAAAAUCACCUGGGGAAUUAACACUUCAUUACGUUCUGGAAUAUUUCUACAAUUUAUAUAACUCCGCCAAUAUUAUGAAAAAGUGUAUCGAAUUAGAGAAUUAUCAAGCUUGUUCUAAAAUAGCAGUAUUAGAAAAUAAUGUUUUGGCUGCUUUCACUUAUCAGUUGAAGAUGUUACAUAAAUUGAGUCUUCAGUCCAAAAAUUAUUCGGAAAUGUCACAUAAAACAACAGAAUCCACAAUUCAGAUUAGUUCACAAAAUCACGUAGAUGUGAUGAGAGAUUCUAUGUCGUCCCGAAAUAUCAAGAAAAAUACUGAAUUAUUUAAUACACAAGCGGAGAAGAAUCUCAUAGAAUCCUUGGAAAACAGCGUUGCUCAAAGCUGGACGAAAAUUUCCACAAGUAGAUCAUUGAAUAAUUUGCAAACACUAGCACAAGAAUUAAAUUCUUUCGAUUGUCAAGGUGGUUUAGAAGAAUUAUACAAAACUCGAAAAAAGGACAAUUCUUCGAACGUUAAUGCAAAUCACUCCAACAUCGAAUAUAACUCUAACGAAGAUGAACAGAAAUGGAUUAAGGAUUUUAUUUUUAAUGAAAACGAUUUGCUUUUGCAACAUAAAAGCGUCACUUGUAAUUCUGGGCAAAAUACAACUCGAUCGAUCUACACGAAAUCAAUGUUAAUUGUCAACGACAAUCGGUGCGACCAAAAUAAAGAGAAGACUAUAUUGUCAGACAAAAUGUUCUCUCAUUCUCAAAAGAAUUACAUAAUUAACGAAACAAUGAAAGCAUUAAGAUUUUAUUUAAAAACUAUCAAUAAUGAAUCAAAUACUGUGAAAUGUGAAAUAUUGCAAAAUGCAAUUAGUUUUUGGAUUGAGCACAAAUUACCGAUACAGUGUUUGGAGAAUAUUUUUCUCGAACAUAUACAUAUCAUUUAUUAUCCUCUUGGACUAUUACUUUUUUGUCAGGAUGUGAUAGAAAGAUAUUUAAAUAUAAGUAAGUACGGCGACGAAGAAAAGGACUGGUGCGCGAAUAAUUUAUUCUCAAUUAAAUUCUGUCUUCAAGUAUUAUCAUUGUUAAUGCAACAUAUCGAUGAAGAUGACAUUAUGCCGGAAUAUAUUAAAAUUUUCUCUUCUUUAACGGCGGAUAGUUACGGAACACCUUUAAACGGAUAUCCAGGUGCAAAUGGAAAUAAUAAUCCAGAAGAAAUGAUGGAAGGAACCGUCAAUACAAUACUUUCCGAAAUGGAAAAUUCCAAAUUAUUUGCACAUGUCAAGGAUUCGGAUGCUGUAAAUCACUUGCUUACAACGGAAGAAGAUAAUAUGAUAUUUACUUGCGGACAUCACUUUCCAAUCUCUCAAUACGAAGCAGACAUUAUCCCAUCGUUGGAAACAGAAUUACUAACAUCUCCAUCUUUGAUUCUUCCAUGUACAUCGCAGUAUUUAGGAAAUAUGUUAUCUCGUACACCUGAACCAGAAAUUCUGUGUCCUUUGUGUAUAAUUGGAGCGUUAAGAGCAACAACGACAAAGGAUUACGAUUAAAGGUAUGUUAAUCCUUUCAAUGUGUUCACAUAUAUCUAAAUAAAGCCAUUGAGCGUAAUUACGU